AUGCCUGUCCUGACCACCCCCGCGAGUGGACGCGCGCCGCCCGUCGUGGGCGUGCUAGGCGGCGGCCAGCUCGGCCGCAUGAUGGCGAACGCCGCGCACCGUCUGGGCCUUCAGGUCAUCGUGCUCGAUCCACUGGGCGCUGCGUCUCCGGCCGGUCAAAUGGGCCUCGACGCGGUCGCCGGCAGCCUCACGGCCGAGGCCGACAUUGCGAACUUAGCCACUAAGUGCGACAUCUUGACCGUCGAGAUUGAGCACGUGAACGCCACUUGUCUCGCCCAGUUACAGGACCGGAACGAAGCGACGCAGUUGCUCGGCGUCCACCCGUCGCCCGCGACGAUUGCGCUGAUCCAGGACAAGUACCAGCAGAAGCUGUUCUUCACGCAGGUGCAGGACGUCCGUGUGGCGCCGUUUGAGCUCGUGCCGUCGCUCGCCGUCGCUCGUCAAGUUGGUGAGGCGUUUGGCUAUCCCUAUAUGCUCAAGUCGCGUCGAUUGGCCUACGACGGACGUGGCAAUGUCGUUGUGACGAAGGAGAAGGACUUGAAGAGCGCGUUUGAAGCACUGGGGGCCACGCUGUUGGCACAGGGUCGGGCCCUCGACGACUGUGCGGACGACGACGACGAGCAGCAGCAGCAGCAGCUCGAGCUCGAGACGCACCAGUUGUACGCCGAGAAGUGGGUCCCGUUUGUCAAAGAGCUCGCGGUCAUGGUGGUCAAAGGCGUGGACGACGACGUGCGGGCGUACCCGGUGGUCGAGACCACGCAGCGGAACAGCAUUUGUGAUACAGUGCUGGCGCCCGCACAGGUUCCUGGUGACGUGAUCAAACGUGCUCGGGACAUGGCGCUAGCAGCGGUUGCCGAGCUGGAAGGUCGGGGUAUUUACGGCGUUGAGCUGUUCCUCACGGCUGCGGGGGAGGUGCUGCUGAAUGAAAUUGCUCCGCGGCCGCACAACUCGGGCCACUAUACGAUCGAGGCAUGCGAAACCGACCAGUUUGAACAACACCUGCGUGCCGUGACGGGCUUACCGCUUGGCAGCUGUGUCAUGCGUGUACCAGCGGCGCUCAUGGUGAAUGUACUGGGCGAUGCGUCGUCAUCUGAAGACGUGAGCUUUUCGCUACUUCGCAAUAGUUUGAACAUCCCCGGUGCUGCGGCGCACUUUUAUGGAAAAGCGGGAGUGCGUCCUGGACGGAAGCUCGGACACGUGACGAUCACGGCGCCGAACCUCGAAGAGCUGACGAAGCGCGCGACGGCUCUAUCGCCUGAGUGUGCCAAGAGCUCGGGACUGCUGAAGCUCGAGCGCAAGCCACUGGUGGGUAUUGUCAUGGGCUCGGACUCGGAUCUCCCUACCAUGGCAGCAGCCGCGGACAUGCUGGAGAAGUUUGGUGUACCCUACGAGCUUACGAUCGUGUCGGCCCACCGCACCCCGUUGCGUAUGUACGAGUACGCCCAGAGCGCUGCCUCGCGCGGUCUCAAGGUCAUUAUCGCUGGUGCUGGCGGUGCGGCUCAUUUGCCAGGUAUGAUUGCUGCGUUGACGCCUUUGCCUGUCGUUGGUGUGCCCGUGAAGACGUCGACGCUCAACGGUAAAGACUCGCUGCUGAGCAUUGUGCAAAUGCCCCGUGGUGUGCCAGUCGCCACCGUUGCCAUUGGCAACUCGACGAAUGCUGGUCUGCUGGCUGUUCGGAUCCUCAGCGCUGGAGACUCGUCGCUUCUCGAAGCUAUGGCGACGUUUCUCGAGACGCAGACGCGCGAGGUUGACGACAAGAUCGAGACGAUGGCUACCAGCGGGUGGAAGGAGUUUCUCCAGAACAUGAAGAAGCGCUAG